GAGCAUCUUCCUUCUUGAAAACUAUUCAGCUUCAAAUCUCUGUGAGUUAGAUCGGCCAAAUUGGUCUUACAGCUCCAAUUUGGCUGUUCCGGUUUCCAUCUUAAUAUUCCUGCGAUACCCUCGGUCAAAUUAUUUUCUUUUUCGCUGGCGCUCGUCUUUCUCCCAACCUUCUCCUCAAAGGAAAAAUACACGCAGGUUUCACGCAGGUUCUGAGAUUUCCCUUCCUGCGAUUUUACGCAGGCUUCCUACGAUUUCACUCUGAGGUACAUAUUCUGAACAAUGACAGACAAUAUAUCAAGUUUUUGGGGCCCUGUGACUUCUAAAGAAUGGUGUGAACCGAACUAUGUCUACUCAUCUUAUAUUGCAGAGUUUUUCAAUACCGUCUCAAAUACCCCAUGCAUUAUUUUGGCUCUCAUUGGUCUUGUGAAUGCCGUACGUCAGCGAUUUGAAAAAAGGUUUAGCGUCCUCCACAUAUCAAACAUGAUUCUUUCCAUAGGAAGCAUGCUUUAUCAUGCAUCGUUGCAACGAAUGCAACAACAAGGUGAUGAGACACCAAUGGUGUGGGAAAUGCUUCUUUAUGUGUACAUUCUCUAUUCGCCAGAUUGGCACUACAGGAGCACUAUGCCUACCUUUUUGUUCCUAUAUGGUGCAGCAUUUGCCAUUGUACAUUCACAGGUUCGCUUUGUGAUUGUCUUCAAGGUGCACUAUGCAUUACUCUGCCUUCUGUGCAUUCCUCGGGCGUACAAAUAUUACAUUCACACAAAAGACACGUCAGCUAAGCGUCUUGCCAAACUGUAUGUGGCCACUUUACUGGUUGGGACCACAUGUUUUUUAUUAGAUGGCAUGUUUUGUAAGUAUAUCUCGACAUGGCCCUUCAAUCCACAGGGUCAUGCAAUGUGGCACGUGAUGAUGGGGUUCAACUCGUAUUUUGCUAACACAUUUCUGAUGCAUUGCCGUGCUCAGCAACGGGGAUGGGAUCCAAUCGUCAAAUACUUGUUUGGUUUACUCCCAUAUGUGAAGAUUCAAAAGCCAAAGGGUCAAUAGUUCAAUUUCCAUCAAGAGCACAAACUUUGAUAUAUAUGGAGGUGUUUGAAUUGAUUCUGCAUCUGCCUCUAUAAGUUAGAAGCAGAAGCAGAUUAUUCUGCUGUAGGAUAAAAUGAUUUUUUUGGAGUGUUUGGUAUUGAUUCUAUUGUUUAAAAUAGAGAAUCACUUUAGAGUGUUUGGAUGACAUGCUGUUGCAAAAUGUUAUUUGUGUAAAAUUACCAAAAGGGCAUAUUGUGUUGAUUUGAAUGGAAAACUAAUCUUAA